AUGAAGACAAAGAACUCUGCAGCUGAAUCCGCGCUCAACCGCCCAUCAAGGGUAAUCGUAGUUGGUAAGAGGCGUACUGUGCAGUGUUCCAUCAGAGACCCUAUUCCUAUACUUCACAAGUAUUACGAACCAGGGGAUCUUAUAAUUGGGGGCAUUAUGUCCCAGAUUUAUGUAUUUUCAGAUGCCAUGAACUUUGACGAACAUCCAUCUCAGAACAUUCCAAGUGGUCUUAUCCAUUUCAGAGCUCGCUGGACCUACCUUGCCUCAUUGGAACUUCUUUUUGGGAAAGGCAAAUUCAUCCCUAACUACAAGUGUGAUGCCAGGAAUGUUUUGCUAGCAGUGAUUGGAGGUGCUCAUUCACAUGUUUGUCUUCACAUGGCAACCAUCCUGUCUGUCUAUAAGAUGCCACAACUCAUAUAUGGCUCUGCUCCAGUGAUGAAUGAAAAAACUCAAGCUGUCUUCUCCCAUCAGAUGUUUCCAAACGGGGCCCAUCAAUAUAAUGGGAUUCUCCAGCUACUGUUGUAUUUCAACUGGAUAUGGAUUGGGGUGAUUUAUCAGAAUGAGGAUAUUACAGAGGAGUUUGUAGAGAAGGUACUCCCUCAUUUUUCCCAAAAAGGGAUCUGUUUUGAUUUCAUUGAACGACUCCCCAAACAAAUGUUUUCUGAUUAUAUUCCUGAGAACAUUGAAGAAGGCACAAAGAAAAUGAGGGUUGUUAUGGAAAGUACUGCCCAUGUGGUAGUUAUUCAUGGCGAAAUUCAUGCUCUGAUGUUUUUCAGAGUCAUGAAAGCAUACACAGACUGGGAUAAUAUUACAAUGAAAACGAAAGCUAAAGUUUGGAUUAUGACAGCCCAGAUAGAAUUCAUAUCACUUCCAUUUCAGAGAAGUUGGGAUAUCGGUUUCCUCCACGGUGCUCUGUCAUUUGCCCUUCACUCAAAGGAUUUGCUUGGAUUCCAGGAAUGUCUUCAGAUGAGAAACCCUCUGUCAGAAAAAAAGGAUGGCUUCUUGGCAGAUGUUUGGCAACUUGCUUUUAAUUGCUCAUUUUCAGACAGUGCAGUAGAUGAGGUAGUUGAAAAACCAUGCACUGGGGAAGAGAAGCUGGAAUCUCUUCCUAUGACUCUUUUUGGACUGAGCAUGACUGGCCACAGCUAUAGCAUCUACAAUGCAAUCUAUGCCAUAGCACAUGCUUUUCAUGCCAUGCGUUCAUCCAGGAACAAACAAAAUACACUGGUAAAACCAAAGAGUUUGGACCUUAUCAAUCAGCAUCCAUGGAAGCUCCACCAUUAUCUGAGAAGCACCUCAUUCAAUAACAGUGCUGAGGAAGAGAUUUCUUUGGAUCACAAUGGGGAAUUAGUAGCUGGUUUCAAUAUUUUAAAUUGGAUAAUAUUCCCCAAUCAAUCUUUUAUUAGAGUCAGCAUUGGUAAGAUAGACACAAAGGAGUCUUCAGGUGAAAUCCUCACUAUCCAGGAAGAUGCCAUUGUGUGGCCUGGGAUAUUUAACCAGGCACGGCCCCUUUCUCUCUGUAAUGAUCGUUGCCGUUUAGGGUAUACCAAGUCCAAGAAGGAAGGGGAACAAUUCUGCUGCUAUAAUUGCAUUCAGUGUUCAGAUGGGAGGAUUUCAGACCAGGAGGAUACAGAUGACUGUUUUGAAUGCCCUAAAGAACAAUACCCAAAGAGAUACAAGGAUGGAUGCCUUCCAAAAGAGAUAACAUUUCUGUCUUAUACAGAACCAUUGGGGAUCAUUCUAGCUACUUUUGCUCUCUGCUUUUCUUUCAUCACAGCUUUGGUGCUUGGAAUUUUCAUGAAACACAAAGAAACACCCAUCGUCAAAGCCAACAACCGAAAUCUCAGCUAUAUUCUCCUGAUCUCCCUCCUAUUCUCUUUCCUUUGUCCUUUCCUGUUUCUUGGCAAGCCUGAAAGGUGGACAUGCCUCCUUCGACAAACUGCCUUUGGCAUGAUUUUCACCAUGGCAGUUUCUUGUAUAUUGGCCAAAACUAUCACAGUGUUUCUUGCUUUCAUGGCUACCAAGCCUGGAUCUAGAAUGAGGAAAUGGGUGGGGAAGCGAUUCUCUAACUCCAUUAUCUAUUCUUGCUCCUUUAUUCAAGCCCUGAUUUGUAUUGUGUGGCUGGCCACCUCUCCCCCAUUCCCUGAUAUCAAUUUGCAUUCAGUGACUGAAAAAAUUAUACUACAAUGUAAUGAAGGUUCUGUUAUCAUGUUCUAUUGCAUCCUGGGCUUUAUGGGUUUCCUAGCCACUUUCAGCUUUGUUGUGGCUUUUUUAGCUAGGAAAUUACCUGACAGUUUUAAUGAAGCCAAGUUCAUCACAUUCAGCAUGCUGGUUUUUUGCAGUGUUUGGCUGACCUUCCUUCCAACCUAUCUGAGCUCCAAGGGAAAAUAUAUGGUAGCUGUGGAGAUCUUCUCCAUCUUAGCUUCCAGUACUGGGUUCCUGGUCUUUAUCUUUUCUCCAAAAUGUUACAUUAUUUUGCUGAGGCCUGAGCUGAACAGCAAGGGGCACCUGGUAAAAAUAAAGAAGUAA